CAGGGCCUCUGCUGUGAAGUGUGUGCCGACUUCCGUUGAAGUUUUUCCGCCUUUUCGUCUUCCCCACAGGCCAACAACCAUAUAUUAUCCACCUUCUCGAAGUCCACCCACGUGUGUAAACUAUUGGAUCAGAAUAGCCCCGAGGGUGCCCGCUGUUGAGUUUACGGAUGGUAGGGAUGUGACCCCGAACAUGCUGUACAUUCGGCCGCAUUCAUGGGAGCUGGCGGACAGCAUAUUCCUGUGUCGCGUGCUCAACAUCUGGAUCAGCAUUGCACAGUCUGCCCUAUGAGAACAACCUGAGUAGCACAGAAAGCCAAGCACAAACAAGCUCACUUGGCUGUAUUGGCAUCAUUGGCAUUGCAUUGGCAAAGCAUUGGCGACAUUGCUUGUUGUUGUCUUGGGAGCUCUUGGGGGUGGCUUGACUGUCCUAGCUACGGGUUCAGUACUAGGACCAUCCUUGACCCCGCGAGCCCCCACCAGUGUCAAGAAGUGUCCACGUGCACGGGACUUGCCUCGACCGCCUCGAACACCACAGGAGCGCAGGCCGAGCAAGAGUCAGCAAUAUUCCAUGCGAGUUUGUUUAAAGCUCUGACUCUUGGAGGCGAAGGUAGGGGCCGGUGCUUAGGCGAAGCUCGGUGGCAGACCAAAGCAGGCUCUUCAAAGGGUGCGGACCCCUGAAUGGGAAGAUUGGACGAUGAUGGCCUUGACUAUCAGUUUCCAGCUGAUCGGGCGGUAAAGACUGAUAAAGAUGGAUCGAGUCACCGCCGAGAGAAGUGUUGGUGCCGAGGCCUGAAAGCAAAGCUUUUUGAAAGCUUUGGAGCUUCACAUCAGUAGCGACUGGCAGCCGCCGCCCGGCUGCUCGUUGAAAAGCGGCCCACGCGACCACUUUCCGUAUGGGGCAGAGCACAAAAUAUGGGGGGAGUGGCAAGGUGGCCGGCAGUCGAGCAAGUUGUAGAAAUUGCUGAGAGGGCGAUACCACGCCUCCAAACUCGCCAAAAAAGUGACCAAACGCCCCUCUCUUUAGACUCGAUGGCGUUGUGCCACUGCCCGCUGCGUAGAUUCCGCGUGACAAGACAAACCCUGUCCUGCGGUAAGCUUCCUUUCGUGAGAAGAGAAAAAAAAAAACCACAUCCCCACCCCUCCUCACAUCGGCCAUCGUCGCUACUGGCCCCGAGGGAGUGGACGUUUUAUCCAUCAAGACCCCUCUCCCGCCUCCCGUGCUCCAUCACACCUUCCCCUCUACAAAGUACACAACACCCACACCUACCCACAGAUUACUUUACUUAAAAGGAAGUUGAAAACGUUUUGACCUUUUCCCCUUCUUCCCCUUCUUCCCCUCUUCCUUCCGCAAGUCUCAACGAACGACUAGUGGACUAGCCGGGACACUGGCUCGGUUUUAAACUUUACCUUUUCUCCCCCUUCCCACUUCCCUUAUUUUUUUUCUUCUACACCCUCCCCUAAAACUACCCUUAUCCUCGGUAUCUCUUCCUUUUUAUCACCAGCUCGAACCUGAGCAUCUGGUUUGUUUGCCAAAUCGCGGGGGGAUUUUUACGUACAGAAUCGGCAGAUGGCCGACCUCCUCCGUCACCAUCGUCACCACGCCCCCGGGGCGGGAGAGAUCCCUGUCCCCCACGGCCCCUCCACCGGCGACGAGCACGAACACUACCCCAAAUCCGUCAGCAUGGACCAGCAACAUGCCAUCUUCUCGUACCUCACCCACCCGGACGACUGCUACACCCCCGAGGGGACGUACUGGGCCGACCUCCCACUCAAGGAGCGGGUCAAGUUUGUGAACAAUGUGCAGAACAAGGAGGCCUGGGAGGAAGUCAAGGCGAUAGGCAGGAUGAUGAAGGAAGAUCCGCUGAGCCCGGUGUCGUGGUACUGGACGAAUGCGGUGCUGCCUGGUGCCGGGCUGGGAUUGGAGGGUUAUGUGUUGUUCAGUAUUGGGAAUUUGGAGCCGCUGUUCAGAUCUACCUGGCCGCAGUGCUGGGGGAAGAACGCGACCGAGUGCAGCGCCAACUGGGUUGCUUCGGUGACGUAUUUGGAGGUUAUUGGUAUUAUGGUUGGCCAGAUGGCUGUGGGGGUUAUUGGAGAUUGGAUUGGCAGACGAUGGGGGUUGAUUCAGGAUGCUGCGAUCAUGUUUGUGGGUUUGCUGAUGAUCACGGCGAGUUGGGGCCUGGAUCUCAAUGGCUGGGUUAUCUGCUAUGCUUGGAGUUUGUUCUUCUAUGGUUUCGGUGUUGGUGGUGAAUAUCCUAUUACUGCUACUUCAUCGAUGGAAAACGCGGUUUCCGCCGGCAAGCUAUCUACGAGAGAGGACCGUCUUCACCGCGGACGCAAGGUCACCAUGGCCUUUUUGAUGCAAGGUUGGGGUCAGUUUUUCAACCAGGCUUUGCUGAUCAUUCUCCUCCUGAUUUUCCACCACGGCGACGGCAACCCGCCCUACGGCACAACGACCACCCAAUGGCUUUGGCGCGUGUCGUUUGCCAUCCCUGCUGUCGGUACACUAUGGCUUGUGUACCACCGUGCCUACAAGAUGCCGCACGCGGGCCGCCAGCUCGCAGCUGUCAAGAAGAAGAGCAACGUCACAGGUUACGAUGUAGAUUCCCUCCGCCUUGCCUGCAACAUCUUUGGCGGUCGUUUGCUUGCCACGGCUGGCACAUGGUUCUGCAAUGACGUCUUCUUUUACGGCAACAAGCUUUUCCAGGCUCAGUUUAUCGCUGUCUUGAGCGGGCCGACUGAGUCCGUCAUGACUGGAUGGAUUUGGAACUUGUACAACGUCAUUGUAUCGCUUGUUGGGUACUAUCUCGCCUCUAUCCUCAUCGACAACAAGUUCUAUGGCCGCAAGAUGAUGCAGCAGGUCGGUUUCUUGAUGUGCUUCAUCAUGUUCGUCGUCCCCGCCUUCAACUACGAAUAUUAUACCUCUCCGGCCGGUAUCAAGGCGUUUCAGGCCAUGUACUUCCUCUCGAGUUUCUUCAACCAAUUCGGUCCCAACAGCGUUACUUUCCUCGUGGCUGGUGAGGUCUUCCCUACGCCCAUCCGCGCCUCUGCCCACGGCUUCAGCGCUUGCAUCGGCAAGGCUGGUGCUUUGCUUGCUUCAGUUCUGUACAACUACAUUGAUACUCAGACAAAGUUCUAUGUCGUCCCAUGGUUCGGUCUCGCGGGUAUGCUUCUUACCUGGCUUUUCCUUCCUGACACCACCGGCCUCGAUCUUAAGGAGCAAGAGCGUCGCUGGGCCUACAUCCGCGCCGGUCGCGACCAGGAUUACCAUGGCAUUGCCGUUCACCCCAAGCACUUGUCUCUCUGGGAGCGGUUGAGAGGUGUAGGCAAGAACUACAACCCUGAGCUGGACCGCAGGCAGAAGAUUGAGGACAUUCGUGAGGAGUGGGAGGGCAAGGAAAGAGCUCGUGCCCAGAAGGAGGCGGGUGGUGAUGCGACUGGGAUGGAUGAUUUGAGUGACGAUGAGUGGACAGAUGAGGUGCAUCAUUACUUCAGAAACACCCGGGAGCCAUCGGAGAAGGAGAGAGCUGCGGCUGUUACUGGCAAGGGUGGAGAAAUCAUGAUGACACCGGCGAGCAUUUCGACGCCUUCGAGUGCGGCCAUGACCGAGAAGGGUGAUGAGGAGAAGCCUGGCUCUUCGUCUGCGUCGUCGGCGAGGUAGCAACGUUGGUGACCAUGGGGUUUGGUGGCUUUUUGAUGUUGGCUGUUUUUUUUUUUGGUGAACUGGUCGAACCGGGAUUCGUGCAUGAUACUUGUUGAAGAGCAAUGGAGUUUAGGAGUCUCAUGGGGUCCUGUGUCGAGCAAGGAAGAAAAGCACGAGUUUUAUUGAUCAUUCAUUUUUGAUGCUUGACUGUCCUGCUUUCCCAUGUUUCGUGAUAUCUCAUGUGCUGAGCUUCUGACGGUGGUAUUUCAUUGGGAUACCAGAGGUAGCGAGUAUGGCUGACAGGCGUGUAGAGGAUAGAUUGGCGGUGGAUAUUUCGGAUCAGCUAGAUGAUUGAAUUUAAUGACAAGGGAAAUUGAAGGAAGUAUAUUUGUUGGAUAGUGUCUUUGACCAAAAAUAAAGACAUUUCGAAGACGCA